GGAGAGAGAGAGAAAUGGACGAUCAGGAUCUGGAGGUGGAGAAGGCUCGAUUGAUCAGCUUAGCCCUCGAGUUUGGAUUCGACGAAGAAUCUGCCAUUAAGUGCUUAGAUCGUUUUGUUAAUCUUUACGGCGAUGACGGUCAGGAUUUUAUCAGUGUGGAGCUCUGUGGUGAUGAUUUUCUUGCAGCACUGGCUGAAUCUAUGCAAGACAGUGAGGAUUGGGAUGAUUUACAAGCCAUGGAAUCAGAGGCUUGCGGAACUUUGGCUGCCAUAUUUAAUAAGGAUAUUCUGAACAAUUAUGAAGAAGAAAACAAUGACAAAGCAAGAAGCUAUCUCCAUGUCAUAGAAGAUUCUUCAGAUGGUGAAGACUUAGAUUUCAUAAUUCCAAGCAAAAAGGAUGUUGGAUCUACCCCUUCCUCGUGUACUAGUAGAAGUGUUCAUGACCUAACUCAAAGUUCACAUAGGCAUCCAUCAAAAUCUGUGGGUUGUAAGAGAGGCAUCACUCAAGAUUCAAUUUGCAAUAAAAUAACAGGCUCCAGGAUAUCAAAAGAUAAACUGGGAACUCUCAGUUAUGAAGAAUUACAGACUUUGGAUGACAUUGAAUUGGCAAAUGUUGUAAUAUUUGGUAAUCGGACUUUUCGGCCCUUGCAGCAUCAGGCUUGUAAAACAUCUCUGGCAAAGCAGGAUUGCUUUAUUCUUAUGCCCACUGGAGGUGGUAAAAGUCUAUGUUAUCAGCUUACAGCUACUAUGCAACCAGGUGUUACAGUUGUUGUAUCGCCCCUACUUUCCCUCAUCCAGGAUCAGAUAAUUACACUAAACCUCAAGUUUGGAAUACCAGCAACCUUCUUGAAUUCUCAACAAACUGCUUCUCAAGCAGCUGCUGUCCUUCAAGAGUUAAGGAAAGAUAAACCUUCAUGCAAGCUAUUGUAUGUUACUCCUGAAAGGAUUGCUGGAAAUGCAUCAUUUCUGGAGAUCCUAAAAUGUCUGCAUCGAAAGGGACAACUAGCCGGUUUUGUUGUUGAUGAAGCACACUGCGUGAGCCAAUGGGGACAUGAUUUUCGUCCAGAUUACAGGGGUUUAGGAUGUCUUAAGCAGAAUUUUCCAGAUGUUCCAGUGAUGGCUUUAACUGCCACUGCAACACAGUCAGUUCGUCAGGACAUCUUAAAUGCUUUAAGAAUCCCACGUGCUCUUGUCCUUGAGACAAGCUUUGAUAGACCAAACUUAAAGUAUGAAGUGAUUGACAAGACCAAUGAAUCAUUGAAGCAGCUUGGAAAGCUUCUGAUGGAUCGUUUUAAGAAUUUGAGUGGAAUUGUGUAUUGCCUUUCAAAAAAUGAAUGUGUGGAGGUCUCAAAUUUUUUGAACUCAAAAUGUAAGAUAAAAACAGUGUAUUACCAUGCUGGUUUAGCAGCUAAGCAGAGGGUUGCUGUUCAGAAGAAAUGGCAUACGGGAGAGGUCCACGUUGUGUGUGCUACUAUUGCUUUUGGGAUGGGGAUUGACAAACCUGAUGUUCGUUUUGUUGUCCAUAAUACCAUGUCAAAAUCAAUUGAAAGCUAUUAUCAAGAAUCUGGAAGGGCAGGAAGAGACAAUCUUCCUGCAGUAUGCAUUGUUCUAUACCAGAAGAAAGAUUUUAGUCGAGUUGUAUGUAUGUUACGAAGCGGGCAAGGGUACAAAAGCCAAAGCUUUCAGACAGCCAUGGCACAAGCUCGGAAAAUGCAACAAUACUGUGAACUUAAGGGUGAAUGUCGUAGACAGACCUUACUGGAACACUUCGGAGAGUCCUUUGACAGAAAUGCUUGCAAAUAUGGUUCUAAUUCUUGUGAUAACUGCCUCAAAUCUUCCUCAUGAGAAUGAAGGAUCAAGAGAUUGAAUUGAACCACAUCUAAUUUGAAUUUGAGCGCAUUGAGUUGAGCUUUUACUAGGACUGAACUUGCUCUGAAUGCAAAGUUUAAUUAUUAAUUUGGAUCACUUUUCAUUGGUGCAAAUCAUUGGUCUUUGUUGUUGCACUUGCACCUGCCCAAACCAAGCAGUUUGUAUGACUAUUUAUUGGGUUUUGAGUUGUAAACUAGUCAUGUUUUGGAGUGCGAAAUCCUAGUCAGUCAAAAAGCGAGCAAUGUGUAGCUGAUUGAAAAAUAUGAUUUGUAAACCAUUUCCAAAUAAUUGGGAUGAGGAUCUGAAGCAGUUCAGAGUCAGUUUUGAUUCCAUGGAGAUGAUGUAAACCUAGGUUAUAAAUUUCCCCUCUUUAUACUCUUGCAUCCUCAUGAGGAUUCAUAAUUAAUCAAAAUAUUGGUUGAGUAAUGGGUAGCCAAUAAGAUAUCA